AACCAAGCAAAUUUCACCACGGGCAGGUAGAGCAUGCCGCCUCAUGUGACGAACUCAUCUCCACCAUUAAGCCCAUGAUUCUAUUAUAUCUGCAGUCCCUGAAGCCGACGUUCACCGCCGCCACGCAGAUCCACCUUUGAUCUCGCUACUUUGUGGGUGGCAGCGUGUGUUCGACGGAUGGGGGAAGAGAGCACGAGCAUAAGCUACAUAUACGAAACCCUCGACCCCUUGGGCUUCUCAGAGGAGCACGAUCCCGAUGCCACGGGAUCAUACGCCGUUUUCAGGAGCGAAGUGACGGCCUCCGCCGACCUAAUCGUUGACAUUCCGGUCUCCGAUUACUUCUCACUCGACGUCUCUGGUGAUUCCCCGCAGUGCGAACUGGAUGAGUCUCUUCCCCUCCAAUCAGUUUCCACCGCUGCCGCUCCAGGUUCGCCGGAGGCGGCUUGUCCAGUUACCUCCGAAUCGACAUGGUUCCGCGCCGGCAGCCGGUUUAGGAGUCCCAUGCUUCAGCUACACAAGGAGAUACUUGAUUUUUCUGCAUUUGUUUCACCAACUCCUGAAGAAAAAGCCAAACGUGAAACAGCUGUAGAUCGUGUCUUUCAGGUGGUCAAAUAUAUCUGGCCGCACUGCAGAGUGGAAGUUUUUGGAUCAUUCAGGACGGGCCUCUAUCUUCCCACCAGUGAUAUUGAUGUUGUGAUUUUGGAUUCAAAGGUGAAAACUCCUCAAACUGGUCUUUAUGCUCUUUCUAGGGCCUUAUCUCAAAAAGGAAUUGCUAAACAGAUGCAGGUUAUAUCAAAGGCUCGUGUACCAAUUGUGAAGUUUGUUGAAAAGCAGAGUGGAAUUGCAUUUGAUAUGAGUUUUGAUGUGGAUGGUGGUCCAAAAGCUGCCAAUUUUAUCAAGGAUGCUGUGGAAAAGAUUCCUCCUCUACGGCACUUGUGUUUGAUUUUGAAAGUGUUUCUCCAGCAGCGGGAACUGAAUGAGGUAUAUUCAGGUGGAAUUGGUUCAUAUGCGCUUCUUGCAAUGCUGAUAGCACACUUACAGUUGGUUGAUCAGUUCUGUCUUCUCAAAAGCAAUUUUUUACCCAGAUACAAAGGAGAUCACAAGAUAUGCAAGGGGUCCAAAAGUCCAUGGAGCAGAAUUUGGGAAUCCUCUUGUCAGGUAAAGUUUUUUGAAUUUUAUGGACGCAAAUUGAACACUUCGGAUGUUGGUGUUUCUUGCAAGUCAUCAAGCACAUUUUUCUUAAAGUGUGAUAGAGGGUUUUUCAACACAGGAAGGCCGUAUCUUCUUGCUAUUGAGGAUCCUCAGGAUCCAGAUAAUGACAUCGGGAAAAAUUCAUACAACUAUUACAAGGUGAGGUCGGCCUUUGCAGUGGCUUACUCUUCAUUGACUGAUGCAAGAACUAUAAAGUCCUUGGGUUCUCAAAAGAGCAUUCUUGGAACCAUAAUUCGACCCGAUCCACUUCUCCUCGAUCGAAAAGGCGGGUCUAAUGGUGAACUAACAUUCAACAAGCUGCUUCCUGGAGCAGGUGAAUCUGUAACCCAGCAAUUCGGUUUCAACAGCAAUAUCAUCUAUAAUUGGCAAUUGGUGGAUGAUGAACCAUUUCCGAGGGAAAGCAUACUUGUCGAUGAUGAGAUCGCGGCGGCUCGAAAGCAAAGGACCUUCCUAACAAAAAGAAUAACACACCAAUAUGCUAAGAAGGUGCGAAAUUUUGAAACCAGGGAGGAAGAUGGCAAUUUGAAUGGAAGUUCCAUGAGGAAAAGGAUGAGAUUCCCAGAUAGAGACUUGUAUGGUCAAAAUUCUCUACCGCACUACUCCAGAUAAGUAUGGCUGAGUCCUUGAAGGAAGCUUGUAUAACUUCUAAAAUUUGAAUGGGCUGUAGAAGUCUUACAAGCAUAUAAGCUCAACAGAAGUUCCAUCUUCAUCCAUUUGAUAUUUAGUGCACAGUAAUCAAGUCUCCACUUCAGAGAGGAUAACGUUAUUCAUGUUUGUUCAGACUAAUAUUAUGAUUCGUUCAUAUGAUCAGGUUGAUUCGUUCUCCUUUCGUUGUCAAGCCAAA